AUCGAUUAUAAAUGUUUUACCCUAAUACAAGUGAAGUAGAAAAAUCACAAAUGGAUGAGGAAUUGGAAUUAAUCAGCCGCAAUUUAAUCAGUGUGAUGGCCAAGUUGAAAAAAAGCAAACACAAUGACUUGCAGGAUCGAAAGCUAAAGAUGGCCCGGCUGAUACGACUCCACUUGCAGCAUGUGCAAACUACGGUGGUCACGCUCAGGAGGAGGACGCAGCAGAGGACCAGGCGGAGAUUUAGGAUGCUACGCACGUUUUUUAUGCGCCAGAUGAUGGAGAUGCACUCGAACUACCUGCACAUAUACGCCAUGCUGCGCCUGAAGCAUUCCCAAGUCAUGGACUCGGACUCGGAAACCAGCGAUGUCGAUGGAGAACCGCAGGUGGAGAUUGGCAUGCAAGGAACUUUUCCCUGCUUCGAUUCCCAUUUCUUUGAGCAUGUGAUUCCUGAUCUGAGCGAGGAGGAGUUUCUGAACACACUCCAUGUGACCCGGGGAACCUUUGAGACCUUGUGCAAGCAAUUGUCUCCCACUCUGCGGACUUCGGAUGAACUUACUCAAAGAGCGCCAGCAAUUUCUACCGAAAAGUGCGUGGCUCUGGCCCUGUACUUCCUGGCCAGCGGCGAGCGGCUCUCUUUGAUUGCCGAGAGAUUUUCCCUGCCCCGUCCAAGGACUAUCAAGUGUCUAAAGGUCUUUUGCAACGCCGUGAUGUCUACUUUAGGCCGAGCGCUUCGCCAAUUGCCACAACAUCCAGUGGACUGCAAUAGUGUAGCCGAAGGCUUCCAGCGCGAAAGCAACAUGCCCGCCGCACUCGUCGGAGUUCUUGGCGUCUGCUCCAUUCCAAUCCGGGCCAAUGGCGACGCCAAGAACUCGAUACUGCGCAUGGAGUAUCUCCUGGAUGAUCGAAUGCUCUUUAGGGAGCUGCAAUUGGGAUGUGGCUUGCGUGCCACCCUGGGACCCAUGUUUUCACACGCACCCAAUACUCUCACCGCAAUCCCUAAAUUCCGCAUUAAUUCCCGCCCAGUUCCGGCCUUUGUCUUGGCUCCGGUGUACCAGAACUAUCCACUGCGUCCCUGGCUUUUGCAGCGCUAUACUGAUCCGAUAGCCCCGCACGAGCACGACUUCAACGAGGUUGCCGAGCAUCUGCAGGAGUUGAGUGACUGCGCAUUGCAUCGCCUCAUGUCCCGCUGGAGCUUCCUUAGCCAACCCCUGGACAUUAGCUUCCACACGGCGUCAUGCAUCAUCACAGCAGCCGCAGUGCUGCACAAUCUACUGGAAGAACUAAGCGAACCGCACAUGCUUGAGUGGGGCAACUCAGUGGACGUGUCCAAGUUCCGGGCAGAGCCGCUGCCUGAUUCAGUCGGCGAAGACGCUGAGUCUCACACGGCGCUAGAAGUGCGAGAUUUCUUAGCCAGAACCAUAAGCUCUACUGAAAUGUGAGGCAUACAAAUCGGUGUGCAUCUGACUUUGCAUAUACAAGUUAUAGAGAUAAUGACUAAAAUAAAACCAAAUUAAGUUACAUUAUUAAAAUGUAGAAUUCUUAUUUAUUUCAAGAUGUACGAAAAAUGAAGUAUGCGCAUUUAGUAAAGACGCUGGGGCGGUCCCAUGGAGGACUUGACGUGCAGGGAGCGCACAUUCUGCCAGUUCUUCUUCAACAGCGACACCAAGAAGUUGAUCGACAAGUUGACGUUUUGGGCCAGCUCGUCGGACUUCAUGCCCACGUGACCGACGGCGACGGACAGGCAGAGCACCUUCUUCAUCUGGAACUUGAUGGUCGACUUAACCUCCUCGAUCUUGCCAAUCAUAGACUCCUGAUGCGACAGCAGGGCAGGGAACUUGCCGGCCUUGUUCAAUCCAGGUCCAAGCAAACGAGGAAUCUGCUUGAUGAGCGACUCGGAGGCCAGGAAGGCAUCAUAGGACUUGGCCAACUUCUUCACCAGUUUCUUGUUCUUGUUCAGCUUCUUCAGAGCCUCGGCAUCCAUGAAGUCGACGUUGUUGGCCUUGGCUUCAUCGCAAUGCUGCUGAUCACCCAGAAUGCACACCUUCAUCUUGGGACGGGGAAUGUGCUUCAAC